AUGAAUACAGUUUGUAGACUUUCCGCAGAGGAUGUUUCUAUUGACGGUGACAAGACAGUCAAUGCUACCAACGCAAGCAGCCUUCAAGAGUGCAAGCAGAAAUGUGAGCAACUCGGCGAGGACAACUGCACUGGCGUUGAAUACAACAACAGGUCUCGAAGGUGCGAGCUUUGGACUCAGCCCAUCCUGUCGCACAAGAGCUGCCUGACUGGCCAUGACUGCCCCGAGGCAAACUAUUCGUGCCACACGAUGCAGUGCAAGGCGAUCGACCACCCCGUGCGGCUGCGAUCCUCGGAGCGCAGUUUCCAAGACAGUUUCGGGAGGAGCAUUGGGAUAUCAGGUGAUACCGUUGUAGUCGGUGCUCCUGGUGACAAUGACCGUGGCGAUGACAGUGGAGCUGCCUACGUUUUCAUCCGCAAAGCGAAUACUUUUGUGGAGCAGGCCAAGCUUACAGCUGAUGAUGGGUUUCGCAACUCCUUCUUUGGCAAUAGCGUCAGCAUUGCAGGUUGCAGGAUUUUGGUGGGUGCCUACCGCGACGGUUUGAAUGGAAAGAAGGAUAGUGGCUCAGCCUAUGUGUUUCGUCGGGAUUAUGAUGUCUGGGAACAGGAAGCCAAGCUAUCUCCACAGGAUGCUGUGGAGAAUGAGCGGUUUGGGUCCAGGGUCAGCCUUUUCGGGGACAUGGCCGUCAUAACGUCAGCGGGAAAUGGCGCCAAGAACGAGUCUGCUGCAGUCUACGUUUUUCAUGUAACAGGCAAAGAGUGGGUCCUGAAGGCCAAGCUCCCCUUUCCCAAGAAUUUGAAGAACAGCUCCAGCUUUGGGUCCAGCCUCAGCCAGAGCAAGGACGCCAUCAUGAUCGGAGCUGAGGAGGACGAUGCUCAUGGUAAGGCCAGUGGGGCUGUGUACGCGUAUAGCUCCAACGGCACCAACUGGUCUCAACCAGUCCGGAUCGUUGGCGCAGACACAGCGGCUGGAGACCACUUUGGCUGCAGCGUGAGCUUGUCGGAAUCGGGCAAAACCUGCCUUAUUGGUGCCUAUGGGCACCGCGCCAAGGGAAAGGGUAGCGGGGCAGCCUAUGUCUUCAAGCGGCACAAGGGGCAUUGGGUGCAGCAGCAUCAACUUGCUCCGGAGGACCUGGAUGCUGACGAUGGCUUCGGCAAAAGCGUCAGCACUUCUGAUUCUAUAGCCGCUAUCGGGGCCUUCGGUGACGAACACGGAGGAGUAGACCGAAGUGGUUCGGCGUACAUCUUUGUACGAGCAGGUCAGAAGUGGGUGCAACAGACCAAGCUGGCGCCGGAGAAGGCGAAAGCAGGCGCCGAGUUUGGACUUGUCGCUAGCAUAUCUGGGCACAUGGCAACCUUCUCCAGUGCAGAGCAGGUUUUUGUUUUCCCGGCGUAUCUCACCCAGGUUUGUCCUUCCACACAGCGUUGA